UCCUCCUCCUGGUGUCGAUGUCCUGCCCGGUGUCCCACGCCGACACCCCCGCUCAAAGUGAGUUUGUGUCCUUGGCGGAGAUGGAGGACGCCCUGCUGAAGAACCUUUUCCAGGGCUACCAGCGCUGGGUCAGGCCCAUCCAGCACGCCAACGACACCAUCAAAGUACGGUUCGGGCUCAAGAUCUCGCAGCUGGUUGAUGUGGAUGAGAAGAACCAGCUAAUGACAACUAACGUCUGGCUGUGUCAGGAGUGGAUUGAUUACAAGCUGCGAUGGAAUCCAGAGAAAUACGGUGGAAUCACUUCUAUCAGGGUUCCUUCUGAAAACAUCUGGCUCCCAGACAUCGUCCUCUAUGAGAAUGCUGAUGGGCGCUUCGAGGGCUCCCUGAUGACCAAAGCCAUUGUCAGGUACAACGGCGCCAUCACCUGGACGCCACCUGCUAGUUACAAAUCCGCCUGCACUAUGGAUGUCACCUUCUUCCCCUUCGACCGGCAGAACUGCACCAUGAAGUUUGGCUCCUGGACAUACGAUGGCAACAUGGUGGACCUGAUUCUGAUAGACAACCAGGUGGAUCGGAAGGACUUCUUUGACAACGGGGAGUGGGAGAUCCUUAGUGCCACUGGUGCCAGAGGGAACAGGAAAGACGGCUUGUAUUCGUACCCUUUCAUCACGUAUUCCUUUAUUCUGAAGAGGUUGCCGUUGUUCUACACCCUCUUCCUCAUCAUCCCUUGUUUGGGUUUGUCCUUCCUGACGGUCCUGGUGUUUUACCUUCCCUCGGAUGAAGGAGAGAAGCUCUCACUCUCUACCUCUGUCCUAGUGUCGCUCACCGUGUUCCUCCUGGUCAUAGAAGAAAUCAUCCCCUCCUCCUCCAAGGUGAUCCCGCUCAUUGGAGAGUACCUGCUGUUCAUCAUGAUCUUCGUCACGCUCUCAAUCAUCGUCACCGUCUUUGUCAUCAACGUGCACCACCGCUCCUCAGCCACCUACCACCCUAUGUCGCCGUGGGUUCGUAAUCUCUUCCUUCAGAAGCUGCCGAGGUUGCUCUGCAUGCGUGGACACACCGACCGCUACCACUACCCAGAGCUGGCCCCGGAGAGCCCUGAGCUGAAGCCUCACUCCGGACGGAGAGGAGGCCAGAGGGCGAACAGCGGGUCCCACGGGCAGACGGCUUCUGAGGGGAAGGAGGAUGAGGCCUGGGCGACCAUGCUGGACAAGGCUAUCUACUCAGUGCGCUACAUCAGCAGACAUAUCCGCAAAGAACACUUCAUCCACGAGGUAGUACAAGACUGGAAGUUUGUAGCCCAGGUGUUAGACAGGAUCUUCCUGUGGGCCUUCCUCACCGUCUCGGUACUGGGCACUAUCCUCAUCUUCACUCCAGCUCUGCAGAAGUUCAUGAAAAUCCCUCCUUCAACUCCAAGUGAGGAUCCACCUUCAAACUAG